AUGUCACACCAAUUCCAAUCCAACGUCUUGAAUCCCUUAUCACUCCUCCAGAACAUACAUGAACAUUGGUCGCAACGCACCAUCGGCACACUCAACGAUUACGAGAUCAAGCUCGCUAAACUAUUUGGAGAGUUUGUAUGGCAUACUCAUGCCGACACUGAUGAGUUGUUCCUCGUCUUGUCUGGCACUUUCACGAUCCAAUUACGCGAUCGAUAUGAUUUUUUGAAUCCGGGUGAGAUUUACGUGGUGCCGAGGGGCGUGGAGCAUUGCCCUAAGGCGGACGAGGAAGUGGGUGUGCUGCUUUUAGAGCCAAAGGGUGUGUUCAACACGGGUGAUGCUGGAGAGGACAGAAGGAUUGAUCCCAGACCUAUGGAAGGGAUUUGA